AAAGGCAGCAAGAGGCUAAGGAUUGUUUCAGCCGAGUGUUGACGUUCUGAUAUAUGUUCCAGGCAAAACCGUAUCCACCAGUUUGGAGCCUUGGAGGAGCCCUUGAACAGACUAAUUCUGAAGCACAUGGUCUUGAUUUCAGAAUGGAGACAUCACUAAUGAAAAACUGACGCACGCUGCCGGGUGAAUUUCCAAAUAUUUGUCUUGCAAAAUGGCUUUUCGCUAUAAUGACGGCCUUGACAACCCGGACUACCAUGAUUCUGAAACGCUGGAGCUUGACAGAGUAAGAUCUCGCCGGAGCACUUCUUCGCAUCGCAACCCUUACGAUUCCUCUCCUUACUAUCCCUAUGAAGAUUAUAAUGGAGAAGGGCGGACUUCACCGGUGGAAACGCCUUUGGACUCUGUGCGGAUUCCGUCUCCUGCCGAAUACGGUUCAAGACCUUUUCCAUUUGAGACAUCUGAUCCAAAUCCAUAUGGCAAUUCACACAUUAAUCCUUCAUUUGAAUAUGAACCAGAAUUUCCAUAUAUGUUAGUUAACUUCCAAAGCAUAAUUUCGGAUCGCUACGCAUAUAUCCCCUGAUACUUGUGAUGGAGUUGGCAACAUCCGGCGACGUAGCAGGCAAGAGGUGGACAUGGCCUUCCUAGCGCCUUCUAGUCUGCGUCAGUUGGACCCAGGAUAUAAUGAAGAGAAGCAGAAGCAAGAAGAAAAGCUGAUCCAAAGUCUUGCAAGCUUGUCAUCCUGGGAAAGAAUCAAAGCCAUUCAGAAGAUCCCCAAAAGCAUGAAAGAAAAACGGGAGCUCAGGAAUCAUGUUCUUAUGGAACAAACAAAGACACGCAGCCGGGAUGCUCAAAUCAACUGUUGUGCCCAAUGCUUCUACAACACCGCUUUGUCCUUUCGGCAGUUUAAAAACGGCUUGUCCGACUGCGUCCAGUUCUUCCAACGUUGGCAGAAGACUCUCAAGGUCAUUGGUGGCAAAUUUGGGACCGGCAUCUGCUCUUACUUCGUUUUCCUCACAUGGCUCCUGACGUUCAACAUUUUCUCUUUCCUUGUGAACUUCAGCUUUAUCACUAUCCCUCAGCUCCUCGAAGCCAAAGCAAAUAACCUGUCAUUCACGGGACUGGAGUUUUUUACGGGAGCCGUCAGGGGUUUCCCUGUUGACUCUGUUUUCACCCCUGCCAUCAAGCGGGCUGGCUCUCUGACAGCGUUCCCUUUCUCUUUGCCCUUCGAUUCGUUGCUGAAAUGCACCAAGCUCUUUGCGUGCUGA